CAGCGGGAGAGGUUUCUGCGGCACAGUGACACCGGCCCCGUGGGGGAGUGGCCCUCUCCGGACUCCACCAUCUCACCCUCUGGAUCCACCAGGGAGGGCAGCAACAGGCCGAGAGCGUGGAGCGUCCGCACCUUCCAGGACCUCCUGCCUCCUCUGCCGCAGCUGCACAAGAAGUGGUGCAGCUGGAACUCCAGCAGCCCCUUCACCAAGCUGGUGGACAGCACUCCAACCGGUUUGGCAGCGGACGGGAGAGCGGACCGCGGCAGGAGGAUCUUCUCUGACGUUCACCUGGACUCUAAAGCCGACAGCAGCUCCAUCUCUGACUCCACCCUGAGCAACGCCUCCUUCCCGCUGUCGCUGCCCGCCCAGAGGCAGCGGCGCCUCAACUCCACCAGCAACCUGCGGCGCUCUCGCUUCACCGGGCCCUGUUUCGGCCUCCUCUCCGGGACACAAGAACCAACAAAUCCCUCUGUUGUUGUGGUUCCUCCAACACAAGGUUCCCCGUCUGAACCCAGCUCUGCUUCCUCCACUCAGAGUCAGACAGAGAGCGUGAAGAGGCGCGAUUUCCCAGGCGAGAACGACCACAUCAGCGUUCAGGUGUUCGCCAUCUCCGAGGAGGAGGACCGGCAGCCUCUGGUCUCAGCCGAGCACCUGAACCAGACCUCUGGACCUCUGAAUGGGGUGGUGAAGGGGACUUAUGAGGGGAAGGGGCCCUCCAGCCUCAGCCCUCAGAGGGUCAGAGCAGAAUGGAGGCCGUGGGGAAGCCAGGCAUCCGGAGGGGUCGCUCCACUAUCUCCCAACUCGAGCAAAAGCAACGACAGCCCGCCGUCCUUCACUCAGUGCACAGUGCCGUGCAGUGUGAACAACCAGAUGGGAUGACUGGUAAAAAAGAGCAGGGACUCUGAACUCUGUUAGUGAAACAUAUAUAACCUACUUCUUUAUAUUCCUGAAAAAUCUACAAAAUGAUUACUACGUAUACUGUAGCCUCCUGCCGGCAAAUAUAGUCAUCUCACGCUUUCUAUUUUUAUAAGUUGUACAAAGAUGGAAUAUUAUGCUGCUUACUGUACCAAGGCAAUGACUGCUGUGGUAUUUCGUACGACAGGUGCAAAAUAUUUCCAUUAAGAGAAACGCUCUGCAGUUUCAGAAACCAUGCAAAUAUUAAAACACAAAUGUGCCGAAACACAUGCAAAUGAGGUUGAUGUUCACCAACUUGACAACC